AUGUCUGGAGAUGCUGUUGCUGUUACCCGUCAUCCACAGGUACUGUGGGCUCAGCGAAUGGAUUGUGUCUUUGUGACAAUCGCGCUCUCUGAUGUUAAGGAUGAAUUGAUAGAUAUUAAACCAAAUUCGUUCCACUUUAAAGGGUGCGUAGAUGUACCUUCCCGUGUUGAGUACGAGGUUGGCUUGGAUUUUUAUGCUGAAGUUGAUCCUGAGAAGGCCGUUAGACAAAGUGGUGACCGUGUUAUAACGUACUGCAUAAAGAAAGCGGAACCAGCUGCGUGGCCCCAACUUCUGAAAGAUUCGAAAAAGCAGCCUUGGCUGAAAACCGAUUUCAAUCGGUGGAAGGAUCUGGAUGAGUCUGACUCUGACGGCGAGGGAGGCUUUGGCGGCUUUGGUGGGUCAAACGGAGGAGAUUUUCAAAACAUGCUGAACAUGAUGGGUGGGAAUAAGGACUUCGAGGACGAUGAUGGCAAUGACGCGGACGCUGACUCCGACGAUGAGGAGCUCCCUGACCUGGAUGAUGCGGUAAAGCCCGAGGGAGAGGCGAAAGAAACUAAAUAA